AUGGAGGACGUCUUCACCAACUUCACCAACUUCACCAACCAGACUGUCUACGGCCCACAGGAAGCUGUUCCCCCUGACUUUAACUUGUGGAAUGUAAUACAGCCGUCAGUCUUUCUUCUAUUCAGAAAUAAUAUCACGCGUGUGGUGACAUAUGCUGUUGCUUCCAUUGGCAUUCCUCUGAUCCUCAUGGCCAUCUACUCUGUGUAUUUUAUGGUAAGUUCAUUAUAUAUAUAUAUAUAUAGAAUAUAUUCAUGUGCUCUUCAUGUCAGUCUGUGUCUGUGGUAUCAUGUGUCUAAGCUGUACUGUCUUAUUUUCAGACUUAAAAAUAAUAAUUAUGAUUAUUAUUUAAUGCUUUUCCCUGUUGUCCAGUGAACAGUGGAAACACAGUCACUGAUUGGCCCGGUUAUUUUCUGAUUUCUAAUACACGCCCCUAAUGGGCCGAAGUCCAGACUGUUGUGGGAAGGAACAGGAAGUGAUUCACGCAACUGGAUGGCCCAGCCAGGCUAAAAACCUGUACAUGGGGGAGAACGACCCCACACCCUCCAAAGUUUGGGGCCAGGCCUCUGAAGUGAUCACUGACUAGCUCCGCCCCUUUAUUACAAAUGUGAAAAACCUCCAAACUGAUGGACGAUCAGAGUCAGCCCCUCCUGCUGUAACUGACCACGAUAAGGCACCUGCCUUGGUCUGCCGCCAAAUCCACCAAGUACCGGAUCCUUUAAGUUCCUCCAUAGGGUGGUGGGUCCACAGGAGGUGGUGCCCAUGUGGCUCAUUCGGUCAGAGCCCAGCCGGGCCCCAUGGGUGCAGGCCCAGCCACCAGGUGCUCACCAGCGAGCCCCAACCCUGGGCCUGGCUCCAGGGUGGGGCCCCGGUGUCCCUUCGAGCCGGGUACACUGUUUCCCUUUGUUCUUCUCCACGUGGGUCUUCUGAACAGUUCUUAGUCUGACCCUUCGCCUCGGAACAAUCUGCCUUGGGAGACCCUACCAGGGGCAAAACGCCCCUGACAGCAAAGCUCCUAGGUUCAUUAGAGCACGCAAACUCCUCCACCAUGGUAAAGUGACAGUUAAAGGAGGAGCCGAUAUUUUCAGGUCCAAGUAAAAUGCAGAAGUUGGAUAAAUGAACGGCACAUGUCUGACUGACGGUGGAGAUCUGAACAUUUUUUAAACUGGUCACCUUCCAAACUGUUUUCCUGCAGGUACAAAGGGAUCAUGUUGCUCCGAUCUACAUCAUCAACCUCCUCAUUGCUGACCUCAUUCAACUCUGCUGCAUGAUCUCAUGGGAGAUACCUUCAGUGGGUUGGGAUGAUAAAGAGAUCUCCUCUGUGGUUCACCAAAUUGCAGUGCUGGCCAGUGUUGGGUUCAUGGUGGCUCUCGCCAUGGAAAGGUAAGGACCGAUCAGCCCAUUUUGUGUGUAAUGAUGUAGGUCUGUGUGUUUUCAGACAGUAGGUGUACCUCUGAGAGUUACCGCUUCAGACUUUAACUUGACCUGCUUGACAGGGAUGAGCUGUUAACUCUUUGCCCCAUAAAAAAAUCAGACUGGUCUCAGCUGUAGUCUUUCUGUCUGGACUUUUUCGGAGCAUCACUUACUCUAUCGUCUGCAUUCAUACUCAGAUUCUUCCUGCUGUUAUAACCUGCUGUCUGUUUUACCCACAGGCACAAAUAUUUCAGGAAGGCAACAAAUGAAUAUUUCAUAAAACCUGAAACAUACCGCCAUCCUGACGUAUCUUCAGGGCCACUGUACCUGCCUGACAGCUCUACAGAACUUUUCUUUGAAAACAGUCUUCUAAUGAAAUGUUUCAUUUUUCGUCUUUCUUAUUACUUUUAUUUUUUCUUCUUGUAUUUAAUUAUUUACAGGUACUUGGUCAUCGUCCACCCCCUGUGGUACCGUGUCAGACGAUCCAUCAAGUCCACUGUGGUGGUCUGUGUCGUGGUCUGGGUCGUUUCUUUUGUUUUUCACCUCUCAUUUCGCACCAUCGUCGUCAGCUUCCUCCUGCCCUUCCCGCUGCUCAUAUUCUUCCUGGUCAGGACCCUCAGAGCCCUCUCUCUCUCCAUGUCAGUCCCUGUGGAGGAGAAACGAAGAAUUGCAGGAGUUUUAAUCUUGGUGCUGGUCAUUUAUACACUGGUGUUCCUGCCUGCCAUCAUUUUUAUCCUGGCAGAGACACAGCAUAAUAUGUUAUUUGUGGGUCAAACUCUGGACCAAAUGUAUCACAUAUGUAUGAGGUUGAGUGUUAUCGCUGACUUGGUUCUGUAUGUUUUCAUGAGAAAGAUCUCACACUUAGUGUGCUGUUGCAAAGUAAAAACCAACGAUCCACAAACAACAACCACUGAUGGUGGAAGUGGAGCUUAAGCUGAAUUCACCUCUGAAAACAUGAACAACUACAAUUCCAAAACCAGUGGUGAGCAAUGAGGUCCAACAGUUUGUGCAAAACCUCAAAAGACUCAAUUUAAUAAGAUUCAGUUAAAAGGAAAUAAAUAAUAUAAUGAAACUGAGAAACCUCAUUGAUUUAUGAAAAUAUGAACUCUAAUAAAGAUAAACAGGUCAGAAGUUCUGAUAGAGGAACAACCAAACAGGUCAGAAGUUCUGAUAGAGGAACAACCAAACAGGUCAGAAGUUGUCAUACUAACAUAAACAGCUGGAGGAACAUCUCCAGCAGGUUGGUCACAUGACUCGGUCUUAAAGAGGAAAUCCAGAGAGGCUGGGUCUCUCUCCUAAAAACCAUGAAAUCUGAACAACAUCUCCAGGUUUAGGACCAACAUCUGCGUCCGUCCAGACAAAGACUUUUUCAGGGAAGACCUUCAUCUGAGUCCAAACCACAUUCUGACAACAGCAUGGCUCUGUAGGAGAAGAGUCCUGCUGAGAACCUGCUCUGUCUGAAACAUGUAACUGGUAACAACUUAAAACUGAGCACAUAGAUUAGUCCUAAAAAACAACAUUGUUCAGUUUUAAUGUCUUGGAUUUCGUGUUUAUUUAGACUAAAUUAAAUGUUAAAAGGAUCUGCAAACCACCAAAUGAUCUUUGAAUCACCCAAACACAGAGUCAGGACGUUUUUGGAGUUGGGGUUGUAAUCGUACUUUCUUGAAUGUUGUGGCAGUGAUUUAUUUUAUUUUACAGCUGGGUGUCUUUUAUAUUUAUUAAAGGAUAAGGAUUCAUUUCUUCCUCUAUCUUUGUACCAUAUCCUCCUAAAUAUCAAACUUGUUUAUGGUAGAUCACGUAAACUUCUUCAGAGUAGUUAAUUCUUCUGAUUUGUGGAGUAGAGGUGUUAAAGAGCAGACAAUAGAAAUACUGCAGUUCAAUUCAAACACCUCUAAAAGUACUUGGGUACCGUACUCAGCUGUUUUAGUCUCCAGCAGUCUGUACAUAGAAAUGUUGAUAAAAAGGAGUUUUGUGUCUGAUUGAAAGUGGUCUUUUAAAAUAAAACUAAAUCAGAAAUCUCCACGUCAAACAAACUGUGAUCCGUCAGAAUUGAUCAAUCAAUCAAUAAGUGUACAGACAGGUUCAAUGUAAAACUGUGUGACUACAGCUAUGACGGUCCAUCCAUUGUGUGUUAAAGUCUCUAUAUCAGUGAUGAGUUUGGUUUGCUGUUGCAGGUCACUAAGAAGCAUUAGUGCUAACUUUCUAUCUGCUGUCAGGACCACCUUUAGCUCCUGGUUUAUGUGGAUCUGUAUUUAUCUGCUCCAAGACAAUAAACCUUUGCUGCCUCUGCCUUCAGUUUUCUGACUCCAACCACUUUGAACCUGUUUUUGACAACAAAACCAGAUCCAUCAGUUUUACUCACAGUUAUACCGGUCAGACUUCGUACGACCACGCACUUUUGAGUCAAUGUUGUUGAUGCAGAAAAGGAUCUUUCUCCUCCCUCACCGUGGCCGUGGUCAUCUCAACCAAACCUGCAGAUUUAGAACACAAAUCUGUGAUUGAAAUCCUCAUUUAGAUCAGCAGGAUUAAGUUAGCUAACGAGGUAACGUAGUUUAUUUCUGAGGGAUCAUUUUCAUUAGUAGUCAUGUAAGCAGUAGAAGUAGUUUUAGAAUAGAAGAAGUAGAAGUAAAAGCAGUAGAGCUCAUAGUAGAAGUAAGAGUAGAAGUAAAAAAAUAUUAAGAGAAGCAAGAGCAGUGGAGGUAGAAGUGAAGAUCCAAGUUAAAGUGACAUAAGUAGUAAUUGUAGUGGUAGAACUGGGAUUUUGUUUGAAGAAUUAAAACAUACAUAAAUAAUGAGAAUGAUUUUGAAGUGGGAAAAAAUUUAAAUAAUUAGAAGUCCUAAUGUGUUAAACAGGUUUGAAGUAUCAGAAAGGUUUGAAUCAGUUUAAAGGAGUUUGGAUUUGUCUGAAGAAUUUAAUAAUGCAUGAAUAAUGAGAAUAAUUUGUGGGGAAAAGUUAAUGAAUAAAAAACCUGAGUACACCCCAUAAUGUCCUCAAUGAGCUGAAUUUUUGGAGCCCUGAAUGGUUUCUGUAGCUCAAAGUUUGUAGUCCUCGCUUUGUGGGUCUUUUCUCAUAGACCUCACAAAGCAGCAAGUACAAGAAUGUGUAUGUGUGUGUGUGUGUGUGUGUGUGUGUGUGUGUGUGUGUGUGUGUGUGUGUGUGUGUGUGUGUGUGUGUGUGUGUGUGUUAAUUAAUGCAUCUUGACAGGUGAUAGACAUCAAAGACAUUAACUGACCUACUGUUUGAAUGUGAAGCUGCUGAACUGCAGUGAAUUUAGGGCCUCUGAACUUUUUCAUGUAGCGUGAUUUCCUUAAAUCCCAGAAUGAAAAUAAGAACAUCGUACAAAUCCUCCGCCCUUCAUGAACACAAUGAUGUGUUUUUCAUGUCUGUACUCCAAAAAAUGUGGCCACAACAGCAAGUUAAAAAAGUCUGAACCUGAGUGACGAUCAGGAUUUUCUUGGAGAAAAAAUACAUUAGGGUUAAUGGGGAGAGAUCUCCGCCUAUUUGGACAGUUGGUCACCUGCUGGCCAAGGGGAAUGAUUUAAUGAUUUGAAACCUCUUUUGUGAGAAGCAGGACACAUAUACCUCCAUUUUGAUGUAUUUUUUAUGGCUGUGGAGUGAAAUUUGUGGGCGUGGGAGCGAUAUAUUCGAGCAAGGUUCUGUCGAUCAGAGAGGAGGUCUGCACUCUAGCUUUUAAAUCAUCACUCUAGCCUCUCCAAUACACACCCAUUAUAAAGCCUGAAAAUUUGCUGAAAACCAUGAGGUGCAUAAAGCUAAACUGUGGAAAAACUGUAGGAGAUAGCACAAAAAGGUCAAUACAACAUAUUUAAAGGAGAAGAUUGUGAACUUUUUAAAGCAAAAAUUAGGUCUGUAGGUGAAAGUAUGCUGAAGUUAUAAGGCUGAGAAGGUGGAGGUGUAAAAGGUAGAAUUUGAAGAUUUCCCCAUUCAUUUUUAAUGGGAAAAAUUUUGCACAAAAAGUAAAAAAUAUCAAAAAGGGGUAGAAAAGUGAAAAAUACAUCCGCAAUUUUCCUGAAGGAGAGGAAUAGUUGAACGGUUGAAAUCGCACAAAGUUUAAAGGAGUUGAAAAGUGACAAAAAAGGAACGAAAGAAUAAUAAUAAUGAUAAUAAUAAUAAUAAUAAUAAUAAUAAAGAAAUAGGAGAAUAACAAUAAGUGGAAAUGCUUAAUCAGCAUUUCCACUUAAUUAAUCAUUCAUAUACAAAGACAACCUGUCUCACUUAUGAAGACGAGCUCUAUUAAACUGAACAAUCAUCAUUAAAAAGGAUGUUGCUUCAUGUAAUGCAGAGGGAAGACUGCACAAUCUUCUUGAAAGCCUAAUUUCCUCUUUUCAGGUGUGUCACAAGGAAAGGACUAAGAUUCAUAGUAAUGAUAAGAACUAAAAUAGUUAUAUUAUAAUUAUAAUGAUGAUAAUUGUUCUUAUCAUAAUCAUAAUAAUAAUAAUAGUCAUUCAUUGUUAUUAGUUUUUAUUAUUUUUAUUAUUACCGUUAUUAUUAUUAAAAUUUGUUAUUAUUGUCAUUAUUAUUAUUUAUUGUUAUUAUUUUCAUCACAUUAUAAUUCUAAUUAUUAUAAUUCAACAUUAUUAUUUUCAUAAUUUCCAUUAUCAUUAUAACAAAUAUUAAUAAUAUUUAAAAUAAUAAUAAUAAUAAUAAUUAUUCUUAUUAUUAUUAUUAUUAUCAUUACUAAAGAUAAUAGCAUGACCUUUGCUCUGAGAAUACUGAGGUUUUCAUUAUUAUUUUCAUAAUUAUCAUCAUUAUAAUUAAUAUCAUUAUUGUUACUAUCAAAAAAAAAAAAACACUUCUCUCCGACUCGUUCUCAUAUCCCCUUUGCUCUGAGAAUACUGAGGAUCUUAUUAUCAUUAUCAUAUAUUAUCAUCAUUAUUAAUAUUUAAAUUAUUAUUUUUGGUAGUAGUAUAAUCAUAGUUAUUAACAUUAUAAUAAAAAACUUUCUCUUUGUCUCGUUUUCAUCUCCCCUUUGCUCUGAGAAUACUGAGGUUCUCAUUAUCAUUAUCAUCAUCAUUAUUAAUAUUAUAAUUAUAACUUUCAUUUUAAAAACCCUUUCUCUCUAUCUCGUUCUCAUCUCCCCUUAGCUUUGAGAAUACCGAGGUUCUCAUUAUCAUAAUUAUCAUUACUAUAAAUUAUUAUUAUUAUUAUUAUUACAAUCAUUAAAAAAAAACCAUUCUGUCAGUCUUAUUCUCAUCUCCCCUUUGCUCUGAGAAUACUGAGGUUCUCAUUAUCAUAAUUAUCAUUACUAUUUUAUAUUAUUAAUAUUAUUAUUACUAUCACUUAAAAAACCUUUCUUUCUGUCUCGUUCUCAUCUCCUCUUUGCUCUGAGAAUACUGAGGUUCUCAUUUCUCGCUGUCAGCUGUUAUCUACAGUAUGACCAAGCUGACCUUCUGUUCUUGUUGCCUUGUUUUCUUUGUUUGACAGAUUUCCUCUUUAUACACACAGUCAUAUUUGGAAGAAUCAUAUUAUAGUCAGAAUAAAACAACAGAUAUAUUUUAAUCCACUACUAUAGUCACCUGGAAACAAAACCACAUGGACAUCAUUGUUCUGGUCUACUUUACAUAUUGACACAUAGAUGCUAUUGUCUCUCUUCUUCAGAGGAGCUGGUAGAUCAUUAUCACUCUUAGACGUUAUCACUCAGCAUAUUUACAGUUCACUGUUUGGAUGCAGAGGACACAACACCAAACACUGAAGCUGGGACUCCAUCAGGCCAAAUCUGACUGUCCUCAAAGGUAAAUACUGAACCUUAUUUCUUCAUAUCUCUGAAUUCACACACAGAUGUUAGAGCUGCAUUAGAGCUGGGAUACGCAGAAACAGUCGACCAAUACAUGUGAAUGUCUGUUGAAGGUUCAUUCCAGUCUGAAUCUUGAGUAAGAGUAAUCACAGAUGUCUGAUCAUCCUGUCAGAUGGUUCAUACAGCUGGAUGUUUCUCUAGGACUCAGAGUUUUAGUUGGUGACAAACUUUCAAACCAAAUCUGACAGAGAGAGCGCUUUAAUAUGCUUAAUCUGUGUCCAUUACAUUCAUGCAGGUUAAUGCAGGUCAACGUGUUUAUCUCCUCCAUAUUUCCAUGAAAACUGAUGAAGAGAUGAUCUAUACAGAGGAGGAUGGAGAUGUUUAGGUUGGAUCAUGAUGAAACUGGGAGUUACUAACAGAGUCAUAUUUAAUAACCUGAGACAUACAUCAGUUUGAGGACAGAUUUGAAGCUUCAUGUCAAAGUAGCUGGUCUAACAAACUGCUUCUGAAGUGACGAUAUUUGUGGAGGUCGGUUGGAAACGUACUCGCCCAGACAGUGUUACAGUAUGAUCAAUAAGGAUGAAUUCAACUAGAAUAUAACAAUAAAAGACCACUGUUGUUCAUCAAUAAUAAUAAAAAACACUCUUCAUUUUCUUUAUAGAGAUUUGGUCACUGCUCUGCAGAUUCAUCUAACACUAACCCUGUAGGAGAUUUCAAAGUGUCGGAGCUGAAAUGUUGGUUUUUAAUUCUGAUCGACUUUUUUUUAACCAGGGAGUUUUAUUUUAUCAAUUUGAUGUUUUUUUUUUUGUCUUUUUCUUCCUUUUUAGUUUCAUGCAUAACAGAGUGAGUAAUGAGAGGAAAACAUGUGUUUAAAGGUGGAAUUCAAUCUGACCACAAACACCAGAUUAGCUGAGUUCUCAUGGUUUUCCCUCUCUUUAAACUGAGACGUGUUGUUUAGGUUCACAUUUCUGUAGCUGACUCCUGAUCUACUUUGACUUUCUCCCAUCCACUGAGCUCAUUUGAAUAUAGGACAGUGAUGUGACAUCUAUAUAUAUAUAGAUCUGUGACUGAAACUCCUGUCUUUGUAUUCCUGUUUGGACCUUUAGGUCAUAUGUUAUCAGGAUGAAUCAUCACAGAUGAUAUUUAUAGAGACUUUUCCAAACUUGGUGACCGACCGUUACGUCAAAUUUACAGAGACGUGUGCUGAGAGAAGAAGACUUCUGUUGUUGUGACUGUAUGGAAAUGGAAAAAACAAAGUCUGUGGGCUGAUGAUGUUUGCAUACAUGUAAAUACAGACAGACUUAUUCUCACACUUUGCAUCAAAAACAGAAAAACAAAUUGGCCAUGUGACUUUUUUUUUUUUUUUUUGAUUUUCAGUCUAGAGCGGUAAAAGGAGGAGACCACCUGACUUAGUUUCUGGUUCAGAACCAUAGACCAAAACCACGAGACCUUCUCAAAGUUCAAAACAAGGUGGUAAAAGGAGAAAAGAAAGACCAAAGAAGAAGAACGGGCUAAAGGUGCUUUGAGUUAGGAUUAUUGGCAUCAGACGGUAAAGGUUAUCCAGUUUCUUUAAAACAAUGAAGAGUGUAUAACAGUCGUUAGAAAUGAUCCAACCAUACCCUGAGAGUAAAACUGAGAGCCUGAAACUGUGGCUGAUAUUUGACCUCACAGGAAUCAUCAACCAUAAUGAAAAGAUUGAAGGAUUUGUUUUCCUGUUAUAAGCAGUGAUCUCUCAACCCCAGACUGGAAGAAUGGAGGACGUCUUCACCAACUUCACCAACGGUACCAACCAGACUGUCUACGGCCUACGGGAGAACUCAGCUCCCCGUGCCCCAGAAGAGCGGAUUCCAAAUUUAACAUACUAUCUUGUAGACUCAUUUGAUAUCGUGCGUAAGGUGACAUUUGCUAUUGCUUCCAUUGGCAUUCCUCUGAUCCUCAUGGCCAUCUACUCUGUGUAUUUUAUGGUAAGUUCAUUAUCAUUGAAUAUAUUCAUGUGCUCUUCAUGUCAGUCUGUGUCUGUGGUAUCAUGUGUCUAAGCUGUACUGCCUUAUUUUCAGACUUAUAAUAAUAAUAGAAAAAAAAUAACAACAGUAACUGACCACAAUAACUGACCACAGUAAGUGUCCUCAAAAACUGACCACAAAAACUGACAACACUGAUUGACCCCAGUGAACGACGACAUUAACUGACCACAAUAACAGACCAUAGCAACUGUCCACAGUAUUAGACCACAGUAACUGACUACAAUAACUUUCCACAGGGACUGACCACAGUAAAUGACAGAAGUGACUGACCAGUGAAACAGCUCUGGUAUUGAGAUAAUUCCAGGUUAAAAGUUUUGGUCAUUUAAAAACUAAAAGAAAUUUUAAUAAAAUUGAAGCUGAAAGUUCGAGGUUUGAUCUUGAAAUUUGAAAAAUUAAAAACACUGUAUUCAGAUUAAAAAUUAGUCUUUGAAAGUUAAUUUCAAUCUUAAUAAAGUUGUGAGUCAGCUCUGGAAUUCUUUUGAUAAAAUCAUUUAUUUUUAUUUUUCUCUCUUAAAUACAUUUGUUAAAUUUAAAGGAGUUAAAUGAACAAACCCUUUGGUCUGGAUUCAGCUCCAUAUUCCGGUAUUUUCAGGUCCAAGUUAAAUGCAGAAGUUGGAUAAAUGAACGGCACAUGUCUGACUGACGGUGGAGAUCUGAACAUUUUUCUAAACUGGUCACCUUCCAAACUGUUUUCCUGCAGGUACAAAGUGAUCAUGUUGCUCCGAUCUACAUCAUCAACCUCCUCAUUGCUGACCUCAUUCAACUCUGCUGCAUGAUCUCAUGGGAGACACCUUCAGUGGGUCGGUAUGAUAAAGAGAUCUCCUCUGAGGUUCACCAAACUGCAGUGCUGGCCAGUGUUGGGUUCAUGGUGGCUAUCGCCAUGGAAAGGUAAGGACUGAUCAGCCCAUUUUGUGUGUAAUGAUGUAGGUCUGUGUGUUUUCAGACAGUAGGUGUACCUCUGAGAGUUACAGCUUCAGGUUCAUUAUUUACAGGUACUUGGUCAUCGUCCACCCCCUGUGGUACCGUGUCAGACGAUCCAUCAAGUCCACUGUGGUGGUCUGUGUCGUGGUCUGGGUCGUUUCUUUUGGUUUUCACCUGUCACGUCCUACCAUACUCGUCAGCUUCCUCCUGCCCUUCCCGCUGCUCAUAUUCUUCCUGGUCAGGACCCUCAGAGCCCUCUCUCUCUCCAUGUCAGUCCCUGUGGAGGAGAAACGAAGAAUUGCAGGAGUUUUAAUCUUGGUGCUGGUCAUUUAUACGCUGCUGUUCCUGCCUGCCAUCAUUGUUUUAGUAAAACCCUGGACUUUAACUCUGGACACAAUAUAUAACAUAUGUAUUAGGUUGAGUGUUAUCGCUGACUUGGUUCUGUAUGUUUUCAUUAGGAAAGGGACCAUAUCCAAGAUCUUAGACUUAGUGUGCUGUUGCAAAGUAAAAACCAACGAUCCACAAACAACAACCACUGAUGGUGGAAGUGGAGCUUAAGCUGAAUUCACCUCUGAAAACAUGAACAACUACAAUUCCAAAAACAGUGGUGAGCAAUGAGGUCCAACAGUUUGUGCAAAACCUCAAAAGACUCAAUUUAAUAAGAUUCAGUUAAAAGGAAAUAAAUAAUAUAAUGAAACUGAGAAACCUCAUUGACUCUCUAAUAAAGAUAAACAGGUCAGAAGUUCUGAUAGAGGAAGAACCAAACAGGUC